GCACCAGUCGCUCCGACGCACGCGCACGCGACGCGCGUCGUGACUCUAAACUUGAAAUAAAACGAAUUUAACUCCGCCAUUUUGUUUAUUCAGCUGUCAAAGUUUAGUGAUAUUUGUGUUCCGUGUGAAGAGUGCUUAAUCAAGAUGAUGGUUUUAAAAUUGGUGUUGUGUCUCGUCUCUGUGCACAUGGUGGCAGCCAAAGGAUCUGAAACACAGAUCGAGUGCACGCCAGAGUACAUGCGAGUGGUUGUCCCCAUGGAUGGGGACAGGAAGCUCUCCUACCUCGACCAGUUGAAAGAAUACGCGCCCUGCGAGCCAACGUACGAAGGCAACGCCCUCACGUUCGUGUUUGAUCUUCUCGACUACCAGAAAUGCGCCGUUACCAGGGUCCUGAACACUGUGACACUAACCCGCACGUAUUACCACACGAUCGUGAUAGAAGACUCAUCAGGGGGUCGGGAGAUGGUGCCCGUGCGGUGUAUAGUGGCCGGCAACAAGCGAGCGAUCGUUCGCCGGGCUGUUGAGCCCUUCCCACUGGAUUUCAACGAACCGGAUGUUCUAAACAUCACGCGGUAUAUGGAGAGUCGCGCCCCUGAACCAAUUCUGGGAGCAGUAGUCAAACAGAAUGGAAAGCAAGUAUCUGGUGAAAUUUCUGUUAGUCCUGGAACUCCGCUGUCCAUGGAGAUAUUCCUGGAUAACAGGUCGAUGCCCGUGUACGGCCUCCUCGUGAACUACAUGCACGUGACAGACACCGGGAAACAACAGGAAACUAUCAUAUUUAAUGGCUGUUCCGUGGAUCCGUAUUUAUUCGACAACUUCCUCACCACCGACGGAAAGAACUUGACGGCUAAGUUCAGAGCGUUCAAGUUCCCAGACACCACGUACGUGCAGUUCAAGGGCACCGUCACCGUCUGUCUCGAUAAAUGUCAAGGAGUGCAGUGCGCGAGCGGCGCGACAGCGUUCGGGCGUCGUCGGCGCGCGGUGGCGACGAGUGCGGACGCCAACAAAGUGUACGAAGUAUCGCUCACCACCAUCAUACGAGUGGACUGGGCCGAUGGGAAUCGAGAAGAAGAGGAUGUUCUGACGUUAUUGAAGAAUUUGAAAGUUGGUAACCAACUCCUCGGCGACAGAGAAGGUUCACCAGCGACCGUGUCCGAGCAAACACAGGACACCAAACUAGUAUACACAGAAGAAUUAAUUCACAGCGGCACAAACAUGCAGACAUACAGCUGUUUAUUGCUAAUUAUUAGUCUAAUAAUUAAUCUCUACAAGUAGUACUGUGCGGUCCAGGAAUCAGAGAGGGUCGGAAAGGUAUUUUCGGGUUAACCAUAGAUAUUUUCGCUAUUUUUCUUAGUUUAUACUCUUUGUAUCACGGCCUUACUUAUAAAAGUUGCUUAGCGGGUAUUAAAACAAUGAUUUAUCUCUAUCUGUUAUUAUUGAUUUGACAUUUGAAUUGAUUUAACAUUGGAAAGAAAAUGAACAAUAUUGUUUAACUUAUAACCCACUAAGCUAUAUUUAUAGGUAAAGCCGUUUAUCUAUUGAUUGAAAUUAUAUAAUUUUUUGGAAACGAGUAUUCAUAUUUUGUACUUUUUUUUAUAUGUAAUGUGUCAAAAAUUUUCGAGACGAAAUUUAGUUUUUAAGUAAAGUGAUUUUAAUUAAUCUAAAGUAAGUGCCUUUUUAACUUAGUAUUAUAAUGCUAACGCAUUUAAGUCCACUAGUCUUUAAUAAUAUGUUUAUAAUAAUAAAGAAAAAUAGUGUGAAUAAA